UAAUUCCACACAUACAUACAAAUAAUAAUAUCAAGAAGCAGGCAUUUAUACACAAAACGACAAUCAAUAAAUCAAUUAUUUGAAUGAAUGUAUAAAGAGAAUCAGAUGAGAUGGAUAGGAAUGUAUUGUUGCGGCCAAGAUUUGUAUUACUCUUAUUUUUGUUGAUCACUACUACACUUGUUUUCCUCUUCUGUAACUUCUCUUCCUUCUCUUAUCAGGAGGAAUAUGCAGUGGAGGCGGUGUACAAAAUUACUCACAGAGUAUUCCUGGAUGUUGAUAUUGAUAAGCAACGUUUAGGAAGAAUCGUUAUUGGAUUGUAUGGUGAAGUGGUGCCAAAAACUGUUGAAAAUUUCCGUGCUCUGUGUACAGGAGAAUUGGGAAAAUGUUCUAGUGGUAAACCGCUACACUAUAAAGGAACACCAUUCCAUCGUAUUAUUCCUGGCUUCAUGAUUCAAGGUGGAGAUAUUGUCUAUCGUGAUGGGAGGGGAAAUGAAUCUAUAUACGGUGGCACAUUCCGUGAUGAAAAUUUCAAAAUCAAGCAAUCACACCCAGGUAUGGUGGCCAUGGUUAAUACAGGACCAGAUUCCAAUGGUUCACAAUUCUUCAUCACCACAGUUAAGGCCUACUGGUUAGAUGGUCAACAUGUUGUGUUUGGCAAGGUUAUUGAAGGGAUGGAUAAUGUGUAUGCAGUAGAAGGCAUGGCAGGUACUUACAGCGGGAAACCCCGUAAAAAGGUGAUUAUUGCUGAUUCAGGUGAGAUCCCAAAAAGCGAGUUGAAUGGUGAAUUACGAAGUACAACAAGUGAAUCAUGACAGUGACACUGAGAUAGCCUAGAUUUUACAGCAUGUUUUUGUUUUGUUGGGGGGUUUUUAGAUAGUUUCGUAUUAAUGCUUUGUAUCAUCUCCAUGCCCUUUUUUUCCUUCUUGAUGUUGAUAUAUCUCAUAGUAAACUGAUCAGAAAAUGUAGACAAGUGCGAUAUUGUAGUAAAUGCGGGUUAGUAAAUGAUAUGACUUUCACUUGACAUA